AUGGGAACUGGUACAGCUGUGAGCGGACGAGUGAGGAAAGAUCUGUCUGAGAUAUCAAACGAACCGAAUCCAAAUGGGAAUAUUCCGGUGGCGAAACCGAUCUCCGCCGCUCAGGAGAAUCGUCCAAACUCACUGUUCGCUAAUGGCAAUUCCGGAGCCGUCCCUUCCCCUGAAAACAUUCAGAUGCUUCGAUCCGUUCUAGAUGAAAUGAAGCCUGAAGAUGUUUAUGUGAGUCCUGAAAUGUCGUCUUUUGGAUCUCAACCGAUGGGACAAUCUCCGGUGGUGACGUAUCUUCACCUCUAUGAAUGUCAUAGAUUCUCGAUUGGCAUUUUCUGUUUACCACCAUCUGAGCCGAGUUCGGACACUCGUUUGGCGGAAGUGAAAGUGGAUUCAGAGUUUACGGCACCUUGUGAAACUUCUAUACUCGUUCUUGAUGUUCUUGGUCCUCCUUACUCUGAUCCGGCGGGACGACAUUGCACCUACUAUUUCGAUUACCCGUUUUCGAAAUUCUCAGAAGAGGAGUGUGAUGAAUUCUACGAGCUCACAACCACUGAUUAUUUCCGCCUAGGGGCAACUAAGAAAGAAGGUAAGAUGUUCUGUGGAAUCUCCGAAUCUGUUCUUUAUGUGAGAUCUGAGUUACACAAAUCUCAAGCAUCUCCAUAUCUCCCACUGGUCCACAUGAUUUUAUAUGAGGAUCAGGAUUUGGUUUAA